UCGGUGGAGAACAGGGACAGAUCCAGAUCCACGGCCCAAACGGAAGAGAUCUGCCCAACAUGCCGCCAGCUACAGGAAAGGGGAGCAAGAUGAUGUCCCUCAUCAAUUACAGGUUGCGCAUUACCUUGAACGAUGGACGGCAGAUGACGGGACAGAUGCUUGCUUUCGAUCAACACAUGAACCUCGUGAUGGCUGAUACCGAAGAGUUUAGGAGGCUCAAGUCGAAAUCGAAGAAGCGCAAAGCAAAGGCCGAUGAAGGAUCUGACGAAGACGAUGCCGUUCCCGUGCCCGAGACAGAGCAGAAGAGGACGCUGGGUCUGAUCAUUCUUAGAGGAGAAAGUGUCGUCAGUCUAAGCGUCGAAGGCCCACCACCAGCGGACAAGUCUGGCUCGCAACCUGGCCUCGCUGCUGGACCCGGCCGUGGCGCACCUGCAGGACGAGGAAUGGGAAUGGCGCCGCCUGGGGUGCCCCCACCGACGAUGAUGGGACGACCGGUGCCAUUCGGACGGCCACCACCUCCUAUGGGUGCCCCACCGGGAAUGCCUGGCGGACCGCCUCCUGGAUUCCCAGCAAGGCCUCCUCCCGGCUUUGGUCCGCCACCAGGGUUUCCCCAAGGGCAACCUCAAUUCCGUCCACCUCCUGGGUACCCCAUGCCUCCUCGGCCUCAAUAAUGUAUUCAUGCGGUCCUUGUAGAACAUCCAGCCAAGCUCUUUCGACCAAAAAUGCCAGCUCAUGUCACGUUGAUUGGUAUGCUCCAUUCCGCAAGCCGACGUGCUUCCUAAGGCUACAAUUACAGCUUUGCGCUUCUCCUUUGCGUUGCCAGCCUAGACUCGACAAAGAGAAGCGGCUCCCUUUCAAGACGCGAAUCGAGCUGUGCGGCCUGCAAAUAAGGACACGUCCACGCAGGCCUGCUCUUGCUUCGGUUGGCCGUGCUUGUUCCGCCAUCGACCCUCCUUCCUGGCCCUAAUUGUCUUUCCACUUGGCUCCACGCGGCCGACCACUCCUCAUUGUGCUUGGCCUGAUGCUCUUCUCUUAUCCGUUCCUGUUCUUGCGAAUGCAGUUCGAAGAGUGCAGUUGGUUCCUCGUUCGACAGGUGCAAAGUAGUGCUGUCGCACGCAUCGGCCAACUGCAACUUGUCGA